AUGGCCGGAGCUUGGAACUCCUCCUCCGAUGCGUCCCUCCAGAUCAGGCCCUUCGACCGGAUCAUCCGCGUCAACGGCAUCUCGGGGUCAAGCCGCGAUUUGGCGCAGAUCCUGCUCGAAAAGCACGAUCAGUUCUCGAUUGCCUUCAUGCGACCGGAAGAGCGCAUGGUUGACCUGGCCAAAAGCACCGACCUCGGCAUCCUCGUCAAGUACAAGCGUGGAAGCCUCGGCUUUUGGAUCGACAACAUCACGGAUGGGGAAGUCCAGAAGUGGAACACGGAGUAUCCCGACGCGGCCGUUUCACCACACGACCGCGUGGUUGCUGUGAAUGGCGACAGCGGCAGCGGUGCGGAGCUGCUGUCGAACAUGCGCAACAAGGAAAUCUUGCAGUUCAAGGUUAUGCACUACCCAGCAGCAUGA